AUGUCCAAGAGACUGAAGGGGGCCGACGGGGGGGCCGCGCCCAAGAGGGCCCCGCGCGUUGGCAAGCCGAAGGCGAGAGCCUCUGGUUCGGACGCGGGGAUGUGCCAGCGCUGCGACGAGCCCGUCGACAAGACAGAGUGCACGCGGCACGUGAGCGGCAGCCGCGUCAAGUCUGCCAUGGUCGGGCGCGACGGCUGCUGGAAGACGUUCGAGCGGCACUACGCCGAGGAUCUCGCUUGGCCUGACGUCUGCGAGAAGUACCACGAGGAGCCCGAGUUCAAUGGGGACUUCGAGAAGCGCGCCGAGGCCGACCAGCAGUUGGAGGACAAUGUGAGUCAGGCGCUGGGCGAGAAGGGCUCGGUCCUGGUCGACACCUACUACGGCCAGGAGAUCGCCAAGACCACCAUCCAGCUGACGCCGCAGCAGUUCACCUCCCUGAUCGCGCCCCGUGGCGCAGUGGGGCUCACGCCUCUCAUGAUAGAGACCGCCGAGAUCAGGGUGCACAGCUGCAAUCAGCCUGGGGUCCACACGACGGGCGUCGUGUUGCAGCAUUCUGGCAAGCCUUACACGGAUAUCAAGAGCUACACCCGCACCGAGGUCAAGAUGUCGACGCUGAAGCUGGCGGCUACGUCGGGCUCGCCUGGCACCGACAAGGAGACGUUGAAGCGGGAGGUCACGAAGCUUCGCCAGGGCCAGGCGACGAUCCUGCGCGGCUUUGCGAAGGCCCCCACAAUGACGACUCUACAGCAGAAGGCCUUGCCUCGAGCGGGGGGCGCGGCGCCGCCUGACGGGCGCGGGGCCGGCCCUGGCGCCGCCGCGCCGCCGUCCGCCGACGACUCCCUCGCCGCAUCUCUGCGCGGUGAGGGCCCGAGCUCGGCGCGGGCCCGCCGCUUCGACUUCGACGGCGUGGGGUCCCCGCAGGCAGACUCCGCGGCGAACGACGCUGGCUCGCGGGGUCGGUCGAGGUCGCCCUGUGAGAGCGCGGCCGCGUCGGUGGCAUCCGCGGGCGGCAAGGCGGCCAGCAGCGGCCAGGGCGCGCCCGCGGGCGCGGACAAGGAGCGCCUCGAGAAGUACAAGAAUGAGUUGGUCAUUUCGUCGCUCCUGGACGGCCAGCAGCUGGGUGACAAGGCGUGCGGGUUGAGGCGCUUCAAACCUACGACCCCGAGCGUUGAGGUCAUGGCCGACAGGUUCAGGGAGCAGGUCGAGGCGUCCACCCGCCUCGCAAGCAACAUCACUCAGAUGGAUUGGGCGCAAGUCACCGAGCAGCUGAAGGAGCUCAAAAGCGAAGACACCUUGAAAACGACAUCCUUUCAGUCCAGCCUGCUGACAGUCUACGUGAAGGAUCAGGUUGACGACGUUGAGAUCGUGGUUGAGUCAAUUCACCCGUGGUCCAGCAGCCCAGACGAUUACGUUGUCACUCAGCCCCGCCUUUCGAGCAUGUCGCUCGAUUGUGCAGCGAAGAUCUCCCUCUCGCGCGAGAUCCUCUUGGACGUCAUCGUGCUGCCCAGGCUCACGGACGAGGGAAAAGUGAAGACCUUGCAGCUCUUCGGCGAGGCGCUGGCGGUCGCAUUCACGCGGGAUGAGAGCCAUCCAAGCAACGUGCAGGAGUUCUCCCUUCAGUGCCAGGGUUUAGGCAUGCUGCUGAACCACUUGCCGAACGAGGACCCAGUGAGCUUCGUGGAGUGCAAGCCCCACCUGAAAGUGAUGAUCGAGCUCCUCACUGGGACCACCGAGGACGCUGAACGGCACCCGCUCGCAGAGAUGUUGGACCAGCACCCGCCCUGGACACAGUUCAAGGCGACCUUCAGGAGGGCGGCGUCCACCGACAUAGAGGCAGGGCCCAAUAUGGCACAGAUUGUGACGGAGCUCGUGGAGGCAGGCUUCAGCACAGUCGGCAUUCAGUCGAUGACAAAGGCACUCGCGAUAGAGAGGGUGGCCAACUGCAUCAUGCUGACGAGCGCGGACAUACUGGACAUCGAGCUGGCGGAGAAGCUGAUGGCCACCAUGGGAGCGUACGCCGCGGUACUGGCGGCCGAGCAGGGAUCCGCUGAUGACCCCAUGUCGCAGUCCUACCUGGAUGUUGGCGCUCACAUUGAGCACGCCCGCGCUGCCCGCCAGCAGGGCGCAUGCGGCAACUUCAUCAAGACCUACCUGCAGACCCCCGACGAUAAUAACAUGGAGAGGCUGAGGGAAUUCCAGUGUGAGAACAGGGGCUUGGAGUUGCAGGCCGAGGAUGACCUCAAGGCGGCCGCCAAGGCGGCGGUCCAACUCAUAGGGUCUUGCCCCGUCAUGGACAUCAUGAUCGACCUGCAGCUGCACGGCGAUUGCGAGGUGGCGAUCGCGACUUCCGAGAAGCACCGCGCCGUCGCCGAGGCUAUUGUGGAUUGCGUCAACUGCACCCCUGUGGCAGGUGUGGUCUUCACAGCGUUGUCCCACAGGUUGGCUGAUGUAAAGAAGCGCCUCUUGGUCGCCAAAUGCUACGCCAGGUUUGGGUUGGCAAUCAACGAUUACGGCACCAGCAAGGACGAUUUGCAGCGCUUGUACGAGACGCUGGACUCGGCCAUCUCGCGCCUGCCAGCGGACCAGUCCAAGCGCGUCGACGAUGAGCUCAAAGAGAUCGGCCUCGCAGACUACGAGGGCCACAGCGGGAAGACGCAGAAGUGGGAGCUGGCGGCGAAGGACUUGGCGAGCCAGCACUCCCAGCAGGCGGCGGCGGAGGUGAUGAGCUCGGGGAAGCACGCCCACAGUGCCCUGAAGAACAUGCGCGGCGGCAUGGCGGACGGCACCCGCUGGCUGGCAGCUUUCCAGGGCGACCAGACGGACUUCAGGCCGACUGCGCACGAGACGAUGAUCGAGAAGAAGGCCGAGUGCGUGAAGGCGCUGAGAGACUACAAGAUCGGGCCUGGGUACUGGGCCGGGGAGCUGCAGGAGUUCGACGACACCAUCGCGAUCGGCAGCGCGACGCUGAGCGUGGCAUCGAUCGCCCAGGCCCUGAAGGGCCAGAACGCCUCCGCCGAGGUGCAGAAGAUGAACGUGCAGAAGGCUGUGGACACGAUGCAGGCGCGGGCGGUGGCGGUGACGAAGCUGCCAGCGGGCCUCUGGUCGGAGGCGCAGCGGGUUCUCUCGUCGUGA